AUGAAACAAGAGCAAUUGAUUAACUUUAUGCCAUCUGAUAAAAGUGCUGGUGCAAACCAUUCUGAAUUUGUUAGUGCUUUGCAUAAUGACUCCUUCAAAGUGUACGACAUUGAGAAGAAGAAACUGAAAGCAUUGUUGAAAACAGUAGAUCGAAUUAGCUUGACUACAGAUUUGUGGCGAUCAAGGCCUCAAAAGAUCGAAUACAUGGUUUUAACAGCUCAUUUUGUAGAUCCGCAAUGGAAGCUUCAGAAGCGGGUGCUCAAUUUUGUCCACUUGCCUCCUCCACGUAAAGGUCCUAAUAUAGCAGAUUGCAUCUUAACAUGCUUAAGAGAGUGGGAAAUUGAAGACAAAAUUUUCACAAUCUCGGUGGACAAUGCAACUGCAAAUGAUUCUUGUAUUCAAAUUUUGAAGGAUAAUUUUGCAUCUAAUGGAAGGUUGUUAUGCAAUGGAAGGUUAUUUCAUGUGCGUUGUUGUGCACAUAUCCUCAAUAUAAUGGUUCAACAUGGGCUUCAACAAGUGAAGAGCAUCAUUGAAAGAGUACAUGACAGCGUGGACUUUUUGAACUCAAGUGAAGCACGACUUAAACGGUUUGGUGAGCUUGUUAGCCAAUACAACUUGCAAUCACGGAAAUUAGUCCUUGAAUGCAAGACUCGCUGGAAUUCAACUUAUGAUAUGUUGGAUUGUGCUAUCAAGUUUAGAAAGGUAUUUCCUAGAUAUGCUUUACAUGAUAAUAGUUAUGAUUGCUGUCCUGAUGAUGAUGAGUGGGAAAAGAUUGAAAAAUUGCUUCAAGACUUAAAAGUUUUUAAAGACACUACUAACAUCAUAUCAGGUUCAGAAUAUCCAACUUCUAACUUGUUUCUUACUGAGGUGCAUAGAGUUAAAGUCCUGUUGGAUCAAAAAGCUGAGUCUCCUGAUGAUUUUGUUAAGAGUAUGGUUCAAAACAUGAAACAAAGGUUCGACAAGUAUUGGGGUGAAUGCAAUAUGCUUAUGUCAAUAGGAGCUGUAUUGGACCCAAGAUUAAAAUUGAGGGUUCUAGAGAUUACAUUCCCCAAACUGUUUCCUUCACAUGUAGCUCGGGAAAACAUUAGUAAAGUUAGAGAACUAAUAUAUCAAUUGUAUGACGAAUAUGUGAGAAUGCAUUCUUCCUUUACUGAUGAAGAAAGUUCAGAAUGUGAAGUUGCUUCAAGUGUUGUGGAAUGA